AUGAAGAAUUCGGAUGACCUCUACGGAUACUGUUUUUGUUUCGCGUCGCACUCCGUGGCCCACAUCCGGAUCUUAGGUAGAUUCUGCCACUUUCCUCCCCAGCCGUUAGGGUUUAAUGCCGCCCUGGGACGCGCAUCUCGGGGCAAGUUUGACAUCCAGGCGGGUAUGAUACUCGCUACCGGUAGUCUCUGCUGA